GUCAAUUUACCGUAUAAUUGUACACACAUGUGUGCUUGUAGCAGGAUUGUUUAUAACUUUGGGGAGCGGCAAAUGCAGAGGCCAUUCCUUGCUUUAAGCUAUCUCUGCAGCUUUGUUCGGAGGUCUGGCAGUACUGACCAAGCCUUCCGCAGGUUAUCGACAAGUGCGGGUUUCAGGGUUGACAGGGAUAACAGCUCCACGAUGGCUAAAAUUCAGGUAAAGAAUCCAAUUGUUGAGCUUGACGGCGAUGAGAUGACACGUGUCAUGUGGUCCUCGGUCAAGGAGAAGCUCAUUUUGCCAUACGUCGACAUUCCUUUGCUAUACUACGAUCUCUCAUUGCCAAACCGUGACGCUACUGACGACAAGGUAACAUUUGAGGCUGCCGAGGCUAUUAAACAGGUCGGUAUCGGUGUUAAGUGUGCCACUAUUACUCCUGAUGAGGCUCGUUUGAAGGAGUUUGGUCUUAAGCGGAUGUAUAGAUCUCCUAACGGUACCAUAAGGAACAUUUUGGACGGUACUGUAUUCAGGUCACCUAUUUUAACCAAGACUGUCCCUGCAUACAUCCCUGGUUGGAAGAAGCCGAUAAUCAUCGGUCGUCAUGCAUUUGGUGACCAGUACAACGCCACUGACAUAAAGAUUCCCGGUGCUGGUACUUUGGAGCUGGUAUUUACCCCUGCUGAUGGCGGUCCCACUCAAGCUUAUAAAGUGACUGACUUCAAAGGUCCUGGUGUAGCUCUGUCCAUGUUUAACGUUGACCAAUCAAUUCGUGGAUUUGCUCGUGCGUGCUUUACCUAUGCCCUUGAUGUCAAGAUGCCACUCUACAUGUCUACCAAGAACACUAUCCUAAAGAGUUAUGAUGGCCGCUUCAAGGAUAUAUUCCAACAGAUGUAUGAUGAUGAGUUCAGGCCUCUAUUUGAAGCUGCUGGUAUAUUUUAUGAGCACAGACUCAUUGACGACAUGGUAGCCUAUGCCUGCAAGUCAGAGGGUGGCUUUGUCUGGGCUUGUAAAAACUACGAUGGUGACGUCCAGUCAGACAUUGUAUCACAGGCUUACGGUUCGUUGGCACUGAUGUCAUCUGUGUUAUACUCCUCUGAUGGUAAAUCAUUCCUUGCUGAGGCCGCUCACGGCACUGUGACACGUCACUUCCGGGUACACCAAAAGGGUGGCUCCACAUCGACUAACUCCAUUGCCACUAUAGUGGCUUGGGCACGCGCUUUGGAGAAGCGCGGUCUUGCUGAUGGCAAUGACGCGCUUGUCGAGUUUGGUCGCAAGUUGGAGCGUGCUCCCGUUGAGGCUGUGGAUGCCGGUUACUACACCAAGGACCUGGCCAUUGCCAUCCACGGCCCCCAAGCUACUGACUACCUUGACACAGAGUCUUUCAUGGACAAGGUAAAGGAGUUCCUUGAGAAGUAGAAUCAUACGCAAAUUCGGAAACGUACGAAUUUGCGGUGUUUAAGUUACCGUCCCAUGGUCUCGGGACUCCAUAUACUUGCACGUUUGGAGUACUUUAGGCAAUAAUUCUG